UGUUGUUUUCACUCAAUCUCAGCUGUUAAAGUAAAUUCAUUCUUACUUUUACAUUUUAACAAAUUUAUUAUCAAAUUUUGUUUCAUUUUCUUUGUGAAUUUUCACUCAACUCUAUUCAAUAAUAUUAACUAAUCAUGUCUGGACGAGGUAAAGGAGGAAAAGUCAAGUCAAAGGCAAAGUCACGAUCAUCUCGUGCAGGUCUUCAAUUCCCUGUUGGUAGGAUUCAUCGUCUCCUAAGAAAGGGAAAUUAUGCUGAACGAGUUGGUGCUGGUGCUCCAGUUUACCUGGCUGCCGUUCUUGAAUAUUUGGCUGCUGAAGUUUUAGAAUUGGCUGGUAAUGCUGCCAGAGAUAACAAGAAGACUCGUAUCAUCCCCCGUCAUCUUCAACUUGCCAUCAGAAACGACGAAGAAUUGAACAAGCUUCUUGCUGGUGUUACCAUUGCUCAAGGUGGUGUUUUACCAAACAUUCAAGCUGUUCUUUUACCAAAAAAGAGUGACAAGAAAGCUUAAUCACCUUUAACAACCAUCAUAAUAACAUAAUCAUCAUCCUCUUCAUCUUUCAUUAUGAUCAUCCUUUACAUUAUAUACUUCAUAUAACCAAAAAACGGCCCUUUUCAGGGCCAAUACAUAUUUGAGAAAAGAAGUUUUUAUAAUUCUGUUUAA